CUUAUUCGCAGCACUGAAUGCAUUUCGUGGUACCUGUCAAAGUCAAACCAACCAAAACAAAAAUUGACAAUGAUCUCCUAACGUUCUCUGGAAAAGUUAGAGUAUUUCAAAAAGGUGUUAACGACACUUUCGUGACUUAGGAGAUUUGGGGCUUUUCUUGGCUCUGAUUUCAAACAUUUUGUAACGAUCACACAAUGAGUCAAGAUUCUGAGCUGCUCUGUGAUGAACCAGACCAGUGGCCUCGUGGAACUCUGAGCUUCACAAAGUUACCUGAAGAACGGAGCCACACCAGUGAACACAUCCAAUCCUGGAAAAAGGUUCCACUUCCUGAAAAAAACAUGAGUGGCACAAUGAAUGGGACCCCUGAUUCGAAUGGAGACAAUCUAUUCUUUAAUGGGGCUGUAAAAUUUCAAGUUAUGUCUGUCCGUAUUGUGGAAGAGGCAGGACAGAAAAAACAUGUGGCGUAUACUAUUUGUGUGAGAAAGGAAGGUUUAAAUGUUGACCCACAUCCAGCAGUGAUUGAACGUCGCUAUUCAGAUUUCUUAGAUCUCUUCCUUGCCCUGCGUAAAGAAUUUCCAUCUCUCAUGGCUGGUGUUUCCUUCCCAAGAAAGGUUUUAAUUGGAAACUUUGGACCAGUUGUCAUUGAAUCUCGCCAGAAAGGAUUUGAAUUGCUUCUUGGACAUGCUGCCAAAGAUGAAAAGUUGAAUCAGUCAUCCAGCUUAGCAGCUUUCCUACAGAAUGCAGAACAGCGUGAAGCGCAAUCCUGGAUGAUGCAGAAACGUUAUGACUUGGCUGCCCCUCUGUUGGAGAAUGCUUUCAGGCUUCUGAAUAAACUGUACACUGAUCGCCAUCCCUAUGUCAUCAUUGCUCUAUGUCGUUUAGUUGCUUGUUGUGCUGCAGACUCAAAUGAAUCUCGCUCGGGAGGACGAGCUGAAAAGUUUGCUGAGCUGGCUUUGCGAAGAUUUGAAGCUGUUAGUGAUGCAGAUCUUCUUCGAUUCUAUAUCCCUUUGCUUCAGUUGUGUGUGCAUUUGUGGUGGUCGUUGGGAAAGGACAAACAACCUAUAACAAACAGACUGGAAGAUUUGAAGCUUCGUGGCAUUCGAGUGGAUGGGCUUCCCUCUCUUCUUGACGCCAUGCUAGAAAUGCUUAAUUGCUAAAUUUGUCCAUUAAUUGGAUUUUAUGACUUAUGUAACAAGGAGCAAAAUAAUCUCAGCAUGCCUGUUAGAUUUAAUAUUAAAUUUUCUCUAUUCUUUUUUCCUGUUUUAAAAAUCAUAGAGUUGCUUUGCUAAUUUUCUGGUGUAAAUCACAGAAUUUGACCCAUCUCCUCUUUUCCAAAAUCUGGCUGUGAUUUGAAACAUCAUUAUUCAGUAUGAAAGUCAUCACAUUAUUUUAAAACCCUCUUUUGAAUCAAUACUCGGAGACUGGAAAUACUGACUUUAAAUCAAUUUGAAUGUAACCCCAAUUGGGCCUAUUUGAAGGUUUCAUUUAAUGGUCCAGAACUGAAUAGUAUCCUGUAUCCAUAUUAGUCACGUUCUGUGAUUCUUGACCAAGUUCUGAAAGUAAUGUAGAAUAAUGAACAUCUUUGUUAAGACAGUUGCCUGUAUGUCCUCUGUUUGUUUUAGCAUGCAUUCAUUUUAUUCAAACUAUAUUUAGUUUAUAAGCAAGUGUGAGAAGGUGAGAAGAAAUGUUGUAUUCCUGUCAAGAUAAUGUAAGACUUUUGUCUUCUAUUUUACUUUUAAGUUCAAAACUUUUGUGAUUUUUCAGUGCAGGACUAUGUUUGAAAUGGUCUUACCUAACUUCAUAGAUUGUGCUUUUUAGUUAACAUCCAUUAUGUGUUCAUGCGGUUCCUAGUUUGAGGCAGCUCACUUCUAUUAUGCUGUGGUUAUAUUUUAAAGAUGUUUUUUUUAAAGUACAUUUUAUUGGUCACUAACUAUGCUUCUGAAAAUAUGAAUGUUAACUGGUGCAUUUACUAAAAGUCAAUUAAUUUCUUGUCAAUUUCAUUCUUACAUCACAUUAAUAAUAGUAUGGUCUAAGUAGACACAUAGUGGGCCAAGCAUUUAUCAGCUUGCCUGUUGUUUUCAAAUUAACAGGAAAUUGAUUUUGAUUAUGUGUUGCACUACAAAAUAUUUUAGUUGACCGAGUGCCUCUGGAGAGUUGUACUGUAGAUGUAAGUUGGUAAUGUUCUUGUUUGUAAAGAUUUUAUAAGUGUGUUUCAAUUUUACAUUUAAAUAUGUGUUUUCCUGUGAACAAUUUUUGACUUCAAGAGGAAUUUAUCAGAACUUUCCUUUGAUAGAAAUCCAAAGAUGUAGUAGGACUUGUAUUAGAUUUGAUUUGCAACUUGUGCUUUAUAUUUUGAAGGCAAUGAUUUUCGAGUCUCAUCAUAACUGUACUAGCAGAAUUUUAGGUGUAUAACCAACAGACAAACACAAUGUUCUGAAAGCCAUGUUUGUUUGACUUUGCAGAAUGAAGGUAUUUUACUGUA